GAGCGCACACACGCAACUUAGCAACAAAGUGCGCCUGUGCUGCGAGGGAUGGCUGAACAUUAUUACACAGCCCGUCCUCACUGAGGCAGACAGCGUCUGGCAAGAUCUGGGUUUGGAUGCAGGAACGACACAGAGGAAGCCCUGCCUGGAUUUUAGUCGGGGGGGAGCGAAAUGCGGAGUCUUGAACCACUGAGACUGUUGCGGUGUCGCGUCGUUGUUUUACAUUAACGAGCGGGGCGAUGGACUGCUGCGCUGUGGAUUAUGUCUGGAGCUGCUGAGUCCGGGUGCAGAUCUUCUGACUGGGAAAGUUGUUUGUCGAUUGUUUUAAUCUGAGGCAAGAUGCAUCUGUUUCGGAGUCACAAUUAUCAAGUGUUCCCGGACCGCUACUCGGUGGAAACACCGACCAUACGAGGCAUCAGCUGGACUCCACUGCCAGAGGCCUUGGAUUCAAAGGACACUAUGAAGCAGUUUCUUUCAGAUCGUGUUGUGAAGGCAGCGAGAUCGGUGUAUAGCGUCAUGAUCGAGAGGAACCCUGGUCUGAUCCGAGAUAGGAAGUAUCACCUCAAAACAUACAGGCAGUGUUGUUCUGGUAAAGAACUUGUUGAUUGGCUGAUGAAACAGAACGAAUGCCUCCAAUCAAGAAGUCAGGCAGUUGGGAUGUGGCAGGUCUUGGUGGAUGAAGGAAUCCUUGUUCAUGUGAAACAUGAGCUGAACUUCCUCGACAAGGACACCCAGUUCUACCGCUUCCAAGACUCUGAGUUUGGUCUGAACCACAUAACGAAUGAGAAGGAUUCAGAGGAUGAGCUGCAGGAAGGACUGUCACUGCUGUCUCAGCUGGGUCCUGAUGCUCUGCUCACUAUGAUUCUACGCAAAUGCCCCAGUCAGAGGAGUGCUGAGGACCUGGAGGUCAUCUAUGAGGAGCUGCUCCACGUCAAGGCUGCUGCUCAUCUCUCUGCCUCCGUGCGUAAGGAGCUGGCAGCGGUGCUGGUCUUUGAAUCACAUGCCAAGGCCGGAACAGUCUUGUUCAGUCAGGGGGACAAAGGCACUUCAUGGUACAUCAUCUGGAAAGGCUCUGUAAAUGUGAUCACACAUGGGAAGGGGCUGGUAACUACUCUACAUGAGGGUGAGGACUUUGGGCAGCUAGCUUUGCUGAAUGACGCACCUCGUGCUGCCACCAUCAUCUUGAGAGAAGACAACUGCCAUUUCCUCCGUGUUGAUAAACAGGACUUCAUACGCAUCCUCAAGGAUGUGGAGGCUAAUACAGUGCGACUGGAGGAGCAUGGGAAAACUGUGCUGGUGUUGGAGAAAAGCGCCGACUCGGCCCAGCAAGGCGGAGCUGGAAGCAGCAGCAAGUACACAGUCAUGUCAGGAACACCUGAGAAAAUCCUGGAACACCUGCUGGAAACAGUAAAGCUGGAUUCUAAUGGAAAUGAUGCUAUAGAUCCCUGUGUGAGUGACUUCCUCCUCACCCAUAAAGUCUUCAUGCCCUCCAGCCAGCUGUGUCCUGCACUACAGCACCAUUACCAGGCAGAGCUCUCUGAGGGUUCAGAUCAGGAGAAGGCUGCUUACAUUCUCAACACCAAGCAGAAGGUAGUGAAGUUGGUUGGCCAGUGGGUGGCGCUGUAUGGCCUUCUACUGAAGGAGGACCCUGUGGCUUUGGACUUUUUGGAGAGGUUGAAGAAGGAGGUGGCCGGUGAUUUCCGUCUGUCCAGCCUGCUGAAAGAACAAUUUAGAGAAAGGAGGAGAACAAAAGUGAUGGAGAAUGGGUAUCAGUCACUGAGCAGGAGCCAGCAAUUUGAUUGGUUUUCAAACUGUGAGGAGCCUGCGGUGAGGUUACAGCCAAUCAGAGCACAGGAUAAAGUGUUGUAUGAGAUCUACAGGCCAGACAGCAAACCUCUCACUCUGAUGCUUCCAGUCAACACAUCAGUACAGGAUGUGAUGUCAGCGAUAGUCAAACCUGGCGGAGAUCACAUCCUGGUCAAAAUGAACUCCACAGGAGAAAGAGCUCAGUUAAAGCUAGAUGCCACUGCAUUCUACACCGCCUUGGGACUCAAUGAAAGACUGUUCAUCUGCACAAGCAGCCAAGUGGAACAACUGAUGCCCCUGAAGGAGCAGCAGGGUCCAGAGCGAGGAACUACAGACAUCCUUGAACAGAUGGGCUCUAAAGAUAUCGCCAAUGAACUCACCAAUUAUGACUGGGAGCUGUUCACUGCCAUGCAUGAGGUGGAGCUUAUCCACUACAUAUUUGGCCGUCAUAAAUUUCCCGGUGCCAUCACAGCUAACCUGGAGAGGUUUGUGCGUCGCUUCAAUGAGGUGCAGUACUGGGUGGUGACUGAGCUGUGCCUCUGUGAAGACCUGGUGAAAAGAGCCAUUCUGCUUAAGAAGUUCAUCAAGAUUGCUGCAGUCUUAAAGGAGCAGAAGAAUCUCAAUUCAUUCUUCGCUGUGAUGUUUGGUUUGAGCAACAGUGCAGUACAGAGGCUUUACAAGACCUGGGAGAGAAUACCCAGCAAGACAAAAAGAAUCUACUGUGCUUAUGAGAGGCUGAUGGAUCCUUCACGCAACCACAGGGCCUACAGACUGGCUGUGGCCAAGCUCAGUCCUCCUUACAUCCCCUUCAUGCCUCUGCUGCUCAAAGACAUGACAUUCAUCCAUGAGGGAAACCCAAACUAUGUAGAGAAAUUGGUCAAUUUUGAGAAGAUGCGAAUGAUUGCCAAGACAGUGAAAAUUGUACGGGGAUGCAGAAGCCAGCCUUAUGUGCCUUCAUCUCCACAGAGGGGCCUGGCAGAUCGGAUGUUUCUGGAAGGGCCUGCUGCUCGCAUAUCUACAUACUCAGACCACGGCCUCCCUCUGCGGAGUCCCAGCAACAUCCGACACUACAUCCAGAACCUGAAGGUGAUUGACAACCAGCGCAAGCUAACACAGCUAUCAAGAACGUUAGAAUGCUAGGACAUCAGCUGCAAGUGUACAGAGACUGUUGAACUGUAGCACAAAUCUGAACCGGAGAACAGAUUCUAGAUAGAUGAACAAAGCUUCCACACUUCUCUAAAUAAGAUGGACCUCUGGAGGUGUUGAGUGCCAUGGAAAUUCACUCUAAUUCAUGGAGCAACUCUCUGCACAGCGUAUCACUGAGAGAGAACAUGUGCAGUGUGCACAGUUAUGACCUCUAAUGCUGAGCCAGAGAAUCCAGUUCAGGUUUGAAUAAAAACCUGUGGGACCAAAAAGCCUUACAGCACACUGGUGUGUAGACAUUUCUGGUGCGACAGUGGAAACUGGUCCACUCACAAAGGCAAUGUUACAACAUGUGCAGUUUGGCAAAGUCUUUGUGUCAAAAUUCAUUUAUGUGACUGACAUUUUGUAUUCUGCUGUCUGGGAGAACCAUACCGGUGGUUCCACAAAAGGGCCAAGAACACACUCUACAGAUCUUUGCCAUGGCUAAUCACUUUAGGUCAGUUUUUUGUGCACUAGUAUUUUCACUUUAAAACUAAUGUAUUGUAUCAACAUCAUUUUUUGGCAACUGACAUGCAUAUAAUUUCAUACAAUGUUGUUUUCUAAAUAAAUUAUUUUCUCAGU